AUGCCGAUGAACGUGUACGUCCGCGUCGCCCUCUUCUGUGGUCUCUUUGCCAUGCAAUGCAGUGUGACGGUGCUGAGCAGUGUAACUCGAGAUACUGUCUUCCUUCGUGUGUACGACUCGCGCUACAUCUCCCACAUGGUCUUGCUCAUGUCGUUCGCAACGGCAUACGCGUCGACGGCCAUUUCCCAACUCCAGCAGCGAGGUGUCCACGCCAGCUCGAUUGCAUAUGCAUUUCCCUGUAUGUCGUCGGCCUUCAUGAUGCUCUUUUGGGCGCUUUUGGUCUACGCUCCUUCUUUGGUGUACAUCACGAGCAUCCUCGUGUACACGUGGGUCGAAAUAUCGGGCCAGCUCCUGGCCCAGCAGUUCUGGGACAUCUGCUCGGCGGCAUUCAACGUGUCCGAAUCGAAGCAGUACUUUGGCGCGAUCACGUUUGGGUCAACCAUCGGGACGUUGUGUGCCAGCUUUGGACUGAUUCCUCUUAUGCGCGCAACUGAGGUGUCUACAGAAGGCACGCUCGUGGUGGUGGCACUACUGCAGGCAACGAUCGGUCUCUCCAUGGUCACCAUCACGCCGCUUUUUCAAGUCACGUCCAAGCCUUCCAAACCCACCGCGGGGGCCCCGACCUCUGUUCUCUCUGAGAUCCAGCGCCGGUCCUACUUGAAACACGUGUGUUUCUUUGAAUUCGGGGCGACCGUCGCCCGAGUCUUCAUUGACUACUCAACGCUUGCGAUUCUCGGCCAGUACCCCGAAGCCACCGUGAAAGAUGCGCUCGGGUCCAUCAACGGCGUCCAGAGCUUUCUCAUGAUGCCGCUCCAGGUCAUGGCGGGUCCGUUGUUUACAUAUUUUGGAGUCAUGUACGGCAUCAGCACGUUGCCGUUGGCGGUGCUCGUGUUUGGGAUCACGACGUAUCUGUCGUCGUCGAGUGUGGGGUUGAUUGGCAGCAGGGCUACGUACAACAGCGUCUCGUAUGCGAUUUUCAACCCAGCACGCGAACUGCUCUGGCUACCGCUGCAUGCCCAGGACCGCAGCAAGUUUAAAAGUUUCGUGACCGGGCCGUUCCGGUCGCUGGCCCGAAUCGUCGGCGCACUCUUUUCGAUGACACUCACGUCCGACUUCGUCACGAAUUAUUGCAGUGGAAGCAGCGCUGUCAGUGUGGCCGUGAUCGUGCUCGGGAUAGUAUGGUUUGGAGAUGCAUUGGCUGCUCGCCAAGCGUAUGCAGCCGAGUUUUACGCGUCGCUAAAGAAAGGACACAUGGACGUGACAUCGCACUUGAUUGAUUUCACCACGGACCAGGUGGACUUGGUUCAAUCGACGCUACGACGGGGCGAGUCGAACCGCAUUGCGUUUGUCUUGGGCUUCAUUUGCCCUCCCCAUGUGCCCAUGUUUCACACAGACCUGCGAAAUGUGUUUUACCGCCCCGACAUGACGCUCCCGACGAAGCUCAAGCUGCUGCAGCUGCACGUGGCAUACACCAAAGAAAAGCACCACGACGAAUCGGCAUGCAUCUUUCACGUGGACGAUCUGCUCGCGCUAUACCACGACACAACGUUACCACGUCAGUUGCGACUGGCGGCCGUCUUGGCCUGCGGGUACAGCUCCGACCAAGCACUCGAGCGAUUGCACGAGUGCUUGGACACCGAAAUAGAUGUGUCACUUCGCGUGGGGGUGGCAAUUUCUGUGUUGCGGGCGUCGCAAUGGAUGGACGAACGGGCGACGAUCUUGCUGCAAAAGCUGCUGCACGAACCGCCGGACGUCAAAGCUAAAGUCAUUUGCUUGCGUAUCGUGGGCAGAGAGCUGCCAGAGCUUUUGGGUAACGGGUAUCUCGUCUACCUCCUCCACCAAAGCCAGGAGUCGCGCAUUGUCCACGCCGCGCUCGAGUGUUGUCGCCAGAGCAAGCGAACGUCGGCCAUGUUGGUUCCCGCCUUGGUCAAGUGGCUUGCCGACGCGUCCUUCCGCGCGGAAGCCCUUGACGCUCUCUCGACGUUUCCACCGUCCAUUGUAUGGGAAAACAUUGUGGACUACCUGGAGAAAGCGCUUGAAGCACACAACUUCGAAGCGGCAUUGGGGGGAGUUCGGUGCCUCGAGAUGGGGCAAUUUCCGCCUCAUGCCAAGGUCGAUGCCGUGCUUAACAUGAUGGACGCCCUCAUGGACAUGGAAGGACUCAACAACGUGCCCGUCGAAAUGGACCUCAGCCAUGUCCUGGUGCUCAGUCAGCGCCUGCCUCUGUGGGAGCUUCUCGCGGACGCCAUCAUUCGUGUGAGCGCCGAGAGCCACAACGACCAGCUCGCCAUGCUGUCCCGCGUCGACCGCAUUGUGGCAGCGUACGUGUUCCAAGCAUAUCAACUGCAUCAUCUGCGGCAGCUCUUUGCUGACGACACCCACGCCGUGCUUGGAGGCGGCUUGCUCGCCCAAGUGCUCGAGUGCGCUCUCGAUAAUCUCCUGCGUGUGGUGCUCAAAUUCGUCUCGUCCAAGUUCCCACAGGGGUUCAAUGUCCACGUACUGAUCGAAGGGUUGCAUUCGGACGUGCCCGAAGUGCUCUCUGCCGUCCAGGAGGUUCUCGAGACGCUGCUCCAGUCUCCUUUCAAGCACACCCUGACUCCACUCCUGUUUCCGCAAUCGCCAAAAGCCCCCGCUGCUCUUCAAAUUCGAAAGCAUGUCCAGAGCUUGCAGGUGCGGUCUGCGUUGGACCACGUGAUGGAGUCGAUGACCGAUCCCGCCGUCGACAUGGAGUUGUCUUGUCUGGCCAUGGAGCAUUACCUUGGUUUGGCGACAACGUUCGCAGUUGAAGACACGGUUGUCUUGCCCGAGUCCCAAGCCCACCGCCUGAUUCAACAUCCCAUUGCAAAGGAAGCGGUCGUCCGCACGCUGUCCCACGCCAUGACCACCGACCGGGCCAAGACGUUGCGGCGAAUGUUUCAAGCUAUUGCGUUGCCAACCGCAACGAGUGCACCGCCCACUGUGACCCCACUGGCAUAUUUCGACGUCGUGACUAGUUUGCGAGCUUGCGCCCUCUUCCGCUCCAUCAACGUGAUUGAGCUCGUGCAAAAGAUUGCGACCCACUUUUCCCAAGUCGUUGUGGCGGCCGGCGCCGUCAUCGUGGCUGAAGGCGACGCUGCGAUGCACAUGUACGUUAUUGCGUCGGGUUCGGUGCAGCUACAUCAGCACAAUGACGCGGUCUUGGCGACGCUGCAUGCUGGAGCGUGCGUGGGCGAGUUGGCUCUGUUGAUGUCAAAAGGGACGCAUCCGACAUCCGCCACGGCCCUCACCGACUGCGUAUUGCUCAGCAUCUCACAGACGUCGUUCAAAACGCUUAUUCAAACAAGCACGGCGAUCGCCCGCGGCGUGCUGGACGCGCUGGCGUCGGCGCUCAAGUGGACUUACUUUCAAGCCACCAACUCGACUGACAACCGCAGGUUGAAACGACUCGUGUCCCAAGUGACCGUCACGGCAAACGUGGACAAGGCCGCGACGGCCAUGCUAUCCAAGAUCGGACGACAGCGCCAUCGGUCGAAAUCGGAGGUGCCGUCAACGGAAGCGCAAAAGGUCAUGGCAACAUCCACCGCGCCGAAGAAGGAAUUGCUUGUCCGUUCGCAGUCCAAGAGCCACUUGAGGGAGUACUCGUCUCUCCAACUCAACUCGAGCGACUUCGACGCGACGUCAACGCACGCCUUGGACACUUUCACGAUGACUCGGUUGGAAAAGUGCCUGCACUUGAAAGCGUCGGCGUUUAUGAAGGACAUGGACGACGAUCAGAUUGCAGCGGUGGCUCAAAUGGCCCAAGUCGUAGUUUUGCCAAACGGCGCGACUCUGUAUCACGAUGGAGCGCCAGCAUCGAGCAUGUUUGUGGUCGUGGAAGGGUCUGUCGUGUGCGCCACGAACUCGCCGCAGGACGGCGAUGGAACGCUUAAAGAAACUUUUGAGCCCGGCGACUCGUUUGGUGAAUUGUCGUUCAGCCGGGGGGCGACCCACAUCAGCACCGCGACUGCCGUGUCCAUGCACCUGUCGGUGGUGCUACUGGAAAUACCUGCCGUUGAAUUUAUCGAGUUGGCCGAGAAACACAUCAAGUUGCUGCAUCUCGUGCUCGCGUGGCUGUCGCGCACGAUCACGAUCAAGAUGAACAUUCCCCAAGACUUCCACUUGCCGUUGACGACGUCCCAGCCGUUGUCCCCCAUCGGCAGUCCCCGAAGCAGCCCGCGUCGCCACUCGCCGCCACGCAAGAUGUGGUCCGACGGAGUUGCAUCGGAAAACGGCAGAGACUGGAGUGGUGGCGCCACAGCGCUGCGCCAGCGCCAAAAUACGAUUUAG